GUGUUAAUGUGUGCGAGAACGUGACACCCUAGUUGAAUCCUUAUACGCCUAGCCUCCCUACUUGAACACAAAAGGUUUCAUACACCGUCGUUACACAAUAACAAUGGCUACAAAGAAGAGAAAUGAAGCUGAACCUGAAGCAGAAACCCAUGUCUCCAAUGGUGGCUCUCAUGAGAAGAAAAAGAAGAAAAAGCACAAGACACGAGACAAAGAGCAGAAAAGCUUUGUAGCGGAUGGUGAUGACGUCACCCCUCCAACUGUCACCAUCGCUCUUCCUGGCUCUAUAAUCGAUAAUACCCAGUCUUUCGAGCUCGCUACUCGGCUUGCUGGCCAAAUCGCGCGUGCCGCCACCAUUUUCCGGAUUGAUGAGGUGAUCAUAUUUGAUAACCAAAGCGAAUCAAUGGCUGAUUCAGAUGUGACACCUAAGGACACUUCAGAUGAAAACGAAAGUGGUGCCGCUUUCUUGAUAAGGAUCUUGAAGUAUCUGGAGACACCACAAUAUUUGAGAAAGGCUCUUUUCCAAAAACAUAACAGCUUAAGAUUUGUGGGUUUGCUGCCACCGCUUGAUGCCCCACAUCAUCUUCGAAAGCAUGAAUGGGGUCCAUAUAGAGAAGGUGUCACACUCAUGCAACAAGCUCCAAGUUCUGGCAGCACGCUUGUGGAUGUGGGGCUUAGUAAGAAUGUGGUAAUUGAUCAAGCACUUGAGCCUGGAACAAGAGUGACUUUAGCCAUGGGAACUAAUCGCCGACUCGAUGAUGAGCCACGUGCGGUUGUCUCAUCAUCGAAACCUAGGGAAGAAGGAAUGUAUUGGGGCUAUAAAGUAAGAUAUGCUGCCAAUAUCAGUUUAGCACUAAACGGCUGCCCGUAUAAGGGUGGAUAUGAUUAUCUCAUUGGUACCUCAGAGCAUGGCAAUAUUGUCAAGUCAUCAGAGCUUCGGUUACCAUCUUUCAGGCAUCUGUUGAUUGCUUUCGGCGGACUUGCUGGACUGGAAGAGUGCGUCGAAGUAGACAAAAAUCUCAAGGGAAAAAAACCGAGGGAUAUAUUUAACACAUAUUUGAACAUAUGCCCUCAUCAAGGUAGCCGAACAAUUCGAACAGAGGAGGCAAUCUUCAUCUGUCUACAAUAUUUCCAAGAACCAAUUGAUCGUGUAUUACAUGCAUAGAUGCAAUUAGUGGCCCCUUUGUUUUGGCCUUUCUGACCCGGUUCAUUUUCAGAUAAUUGAUGUAAUACAUCCUGCCUUCUUUUGUUUUGCUAUAUAUGAUAUAGAUUUUGACCUUUUUAUUUGAGUGAUGACUAUCAAAGUAUCAAAACACAAUUCCUUUUAA